CUUUUAGCCUUAAUUUGAGUUAAAUGUUUGAACUUUCCUUUGAUAUCUUUUAGAAAUGUUUAGCAAAAAGCUCAAAUAAUCUAUGUGGUUCCGUUUAAACUAAUCUUUUUGUUCAUAUUCAUUCUUAAAAAAUUCUUGCCAUCAGCCCUAAAAUUGUCUGUGAUACUCUCUCUUUUAAUCAUUUCUUUAAAAACAAAAUAUUUCUCUAUAGUUACAAAUUGAUCCAAAACUUAACAGAAUGAAUUGAAUUACUAGCAAAAACAGGCUCUACACUGUUUUCAAAUGUAUUUAUUUAUUUUCUUUUUGGGGUUUUCUUAAAAAUAACACAGAUUACUAUUAUGAAUUUACAGAUAAUUAAAAAAUAUAUAUUUUUUAAGAUGUCAUUCAGUCGAUUCAUGAACUCUUUUGAAAACAUUUUAAAACUUCCUGGUUACAUAGGGAGGAUUUGAACUCAAGGUUUAGGGAUUUGCAUAAGCUUUCCAAAUGUGUUCAUGCAAAUUAAAAGAAAAUUUGUCAUGAAACUUUCAGAAAGUUGUACUUUCUGUGAUGUUUUCUGAAUGAGCAUAACUGUUUGCACGUUCGAGUGAUGGCUUUUGGAAGGGAUUCGUGUGUCCUGACCCGAAGAGGUGUUUCUCGGGGAACAAUUGCCUGCUUAGUUUACCCCUUCUGCGCCGCCUCAUUUCAACCUUUUACGAACAGCCAAGUCACAUAAAUUCAUCACCUAGAUUAAUAAAACCAUAGACAAAAAAAAAAAAAAAAAAAUUGAAUCUGUUUGUGAAUAAAUUUUGUCCCAUAUCUCCUAUAUUUUUAUCUUGGGAAAUCAACAAAUUUAAUAAUCAAUUGAAAACUAAAUAAUACUCAUCCUUUUAGACUAGAAACAUGGCUUGGACUUGUGACCACAAAACUAAAAUCUUGAUAUGGAUUUAGGGUUGGAGACUUGACAUUGAUGUGGACCUGGCCCUUCAAGACUCCAGACCCAACUUGGACUUUUUAUUAGAAACUAGAAGCGUUACAUAGAUUUAUAGUUGAAGACAUGAAAUCUGACUUGGUACUUCCCCUAAAGACUUGACGUCUGACUUGGACUUGUGAUCAUAAACUUGAGGUUUAAUAUUGAUUUAAAUACUUCCGAUUUGACUUAGAUUUGCCCCUUAAAGACGUGAGGCUUGACUUGGAUGUGUCAUUGUAAACUGAAGUUUAAAAUGAAAUUGUGGUUGGAUACAUCAAAGCUGACUCGGACAGUGUUACCUUAAUAACUUGAAGCCCAAUUUGGACUUGUGAUCAGACACUAGAGGUCUAAAACUUUAAAUCUGAUUUAGAUUUGCCCCCUUAAGACUCACAGCCUGACUUGGACUUGUGAAAUUUGCCCAAGUUGCUGUUAGUAUGGCAUUAGUAUGGUAUGCUUUGAUGGAAUUCAAACUGCAAGUGGAAAUGAAAUAUUUUUCUAUCGAAGCUUAGCUGAUUAAAAAAAAAAAUGAACAGAGAGGAAUCUAUUUAUUAGUAAUUGCGGUUUUGUGGUUUAAUGUCUCUCAGUUGUCAUUGGAGGAAAAAAGUCACGCUAACAUUACAAUGGUGUCUGAUUAUAUCUCAUUCUGUUUCCGCGUGAAAUGUUAUUUCCCUGCAUCUACAAUACCUCUCUGAUGUUAUUCUAAUCUCGCAGUCACAUAUCCAGAAAAGCAUGACUGAGGAUAAAGCCGACUUUGUUGGAAAGCAGCAGCAAAGGCUCUUAUCGCGCUGCUAUCACACCUGUUGGUCGGCUGAUGCGUAUCGUGCGUGCCUCUGCCCCAGUCAGGGUCACCUGCAACAUCAUGCUAAUUAUGCAAAUGAAGCUCCUGUUUGGUGGGACUUGAAGAGGCGCUUUGUACUUUCCCUUUUGAGAUGAGAGAUGGCUGGUAGGGGUGGGUUGGUGGAGGGGGUGGCUGGGUCAGAGGUAACAGGAGAGUAGAAAAGGCAGGCGUUGGAGGCAAGGAAAGCAGUCACUAUGACCUGUUUCAGCAGCGCUCUUGCACUCAGGCAGAGCUUUUGGAAUUUUUCGCGUCCCAUCGGUCCAACCAGAAUGGUUGAGCCCAGUCCUCCGGCACGGCACGUCCUCUCUGGCGCAGAUGCCAUCAUGGCUGACGUUGGUGUCAAAGUAGAGCGAGAGGACGGUGGAGGACUUGGUGGAGUCUGCACCAUUUCUGACCCUCCAAAGACAUCUCCUUUGCACGACUGGCCUGGGAAUCAGCCUCUCGAGGCCCGCCAACUGACCCCCCCACUAUCGCGCUCCCCUUCAGAGGCAUCUCCAGGAAAGGAGCCUCCUCAGAGGCAAAGCCUGAUGAAAGAAGCUCCGCUUCAUGACAGAUCAGACAGACAAUCCAGUUUCAAGGAAGUAAUGCCCACCAUUGAGAAGCUCCUGAAUCCCGACUGGAAGGACAAACUUCAGGAUAAAAGCUCUGCUAGGGCUGGACCACUGAAAGGUACUCCGGAGUCUCUGGCAGAGAAGGAGCUACAGUUGUUGAUGAUGAUCAACCAACUGAGCGGACUGAGAGAGCAGCUGCUGGGGGCACACUCGGAGCAGAGGAACAUGGCCGCACUACUGCUGGAAAAACAGCAGCAGCAGAUGGAGCUGGCUCGACAACAACAGGAGCAGAUUGCAAAGCAGCAGCAGCAGCUAAUCCAGCAGCAGCACAAGAUCAACCUGCUUCAGCAACAGAUGCAGCAGGUGAACAUGCCCUAUGUGAUGAUCCCGGCGUUUCACCACAAUGCACAGCCCCUUCCGGUUGCCUCUGAGCCCCCAAUGGCACUGCCUCUGCAGCCAAUUCCCUGCAAACCAACGGUGGACUAUCAAAUGCAGCUGCUGCCGAACACUCACCCCUCCCCCGUCAAGAGAAGUAGCGGUUCAUUUCGACAGGAGGCCAGUCAGCCCCUGAACUUGACCUCCAAGCCCAAAGGUCUGGAGAUGGGGAAGACCUCCAGUCCGCAGAGCCUGGAACUGGGAUCGUUGGCCUACAGGCAUGGAGACCACCAGAGAGAGGUGUCCCACAGUCCACCGCGAUCCGCCCUCAGUUUCCUAGGAGACGGCGACGUAGUCUCCCAGGCCAUCCAUGAUGCCCAGCAGCUCCUGAGGAGUCACAGCGGCGGAGGCCGAGAGAGGGAGAGGGACAGAGAGAGGGACGGAGGAGGAAAAGUGGAGUAUAAAGGCUCUCCACGCUGCGGGAAAAUCCCUCAUUGUGAGCGAGGGGAAGACCGAAAUGAUGUACCAACCACUGAAGAUCAUCUCAGUAGUGACUCCGAAAGUGCUCUUCCUGCCUCAGUUCCAGGAGGCUAUGCCGAGCCUCGACCCACUCCAUCGUCUGGACACAUAAAGAGACCCAUGAACGCCUUUAUGGUGUGGGCGAAGGACGAGCGCCGAAGGAUCCUGCAAGCGUUCCCCGACAUGCACAACUCUUCAAUCAGCAAGAUCCUUGGCUCACGGUGGAAAGGCAUGUCCAACCAAGAGAAGCAGCCGUACUACGAGGAGCAGGCCAGGCUGAGCCGGCAGCAUUUGGAGCGCUACCCUGACUACAAAUACAAGCCACGACCGAAACGCACAUGCAUCGUGGAGGGCCGAAGACUGAGGGUGGGAGAGUACAAAGCCAUGAUGAAGAGCCGCAGACAGGAGCAGCGAUCGACCUACAUGCACAGUCAAACAGAACCGCAGCAGAUCCAUUACCCCCAUGGCGACGGUCAGUACCCCGCCAGCAGCUCCAUCGCAGGAAUGCCGUUUCAUCCCGCGCUACUGGAGCAUUACCUGCCUCAAGCCUCACCAGCGCAGCGCCGACCUGAAGGUCAAGCCACGCCCACCGCUUUGCCGCGGGACAGGGAACGCAGCAGAGAGCGACCACCGUACAGCGAAGGAGAGGAAAGUGAUGGAGGAGAGAGGAGCGAGGGGGAACUGGUGCUCCUAACAGACUAAGAAAGAUGAGGGAAGAUGAAGUUGGAACUUUAAGAAAAAAAAUAUGUUAAAGUACUAUAGACACACUCUAAAAAGGCAAGCUCUAAUGAUUUUCUUCUAUAAACAUGUUUUUUUUUCGUCAAAAGAGCAAAAACAAAUCCCUUCUGCUUUAAGAAAAACAAAAAGCCCCAAAGGAAGGAGAGAUGCAGAAAGAAAAAGAACAGUAAAAGUUGAAAAGUCAUUGGUAUGUGCCUCUUAAAUAUUGUUCAGCACUGCCCCCUUGUGGCAGUCAGUUUAGUUGAGCUCUGAGUUGUUCUAUGUUUAAAAAAAAAAAAAAAACUUAUAUCAUAUUUCUCUUUACAAUGUGGGCUGUUUAAACAUUUUUUUGUCUGAGAGUGAAAAAAAAGGAAAAGUUACAUGAUACAUGUUUUUUUUCCACAGUGACUCUGGUGCUAAACUUCAAUAACAGAAGUUUAACAUUGUCACAUUUGCAGAUAAAUGUAUUCAACUGAACAGAUGUCCUUUUCUAGGCAGCUAAAAACAAACGUCACUUAAUUAAAAACAAUUAAGAGAUGGUUAAGGUCUUUAGAUUUAAGGUUUGGACACUGUUGAGUUGUUUAAAGAGUGCGUGAGACUUCAGCUGCAAUCAGGUGAACACUUAGCUUUAUGCUAGCUCUCGGCUGUUACUUGGCAACAUGUUUGUUUAGUCUCUUGGUACCUGUGUAAUUCCUGAUGCAGCCCAUUCUUUAGUCCGACUCUCAUUUCAGUUCCCACUCAGGUGGUAGGUUGACCUCAUUUGUGUGUAUAUUGAUUGUUGUGUUAAGCUUUUCUAUGUAUGUCUGCUGUGAUUCUCUCUGGAUUUUUUAAUUGAAAACUUUAAAAGGCAUUUGUGUUGUUUUGUACAGCAGCAUUAAUGAGUUUCUAAAACACAAAGUCCCCAAACUUUUAGAGGAAUCUCACUUUGCUUAAAGGCUAUUUCCUCACUAAGCUGCAAAGCACACAAGAUUACAGGACAAUCGUGCAACUUUUGGACUUUUUUUUAAUAAAAUGUUUCAUUGAGGUUCCCAUAAUAUUUGGGCUAAAACUUGAAAUGGGACGUCCAACCUCGUACAUAUAGACUCAUCCUCCAAUCAGUUACAGUUUUGCCUUAAAGGUGUGUGUGUGUAUAUAUAUAUAUAUAUACACACACACACACACACACACACACACCCCCCCACACACACACACACUAAAUGUUUUUUUUAACAAAAACCAGCAGGUUUGAAACUUCAACAAGGAUUGCAGAAAAAAAAUCUACUUUUUUCUUUUAAAAGUAAACAUUUCAGAAACUCAUGUUUAUUAGUUGUCAGGGAGUCAAAACAUCUUGGAAAAAGACGGAUCUUCCCCCCAAAAAAACAUUUAACAGUAGUUAAUUAAACCGGCGACUAAUUUACUACAGAUGAGCUAAAAUCUUACCAAGCAGGGCGCUACUUAGGAUGCCUCCUCCUCAAAACACUUUACAUUUGUCAUCUUGACAGACUUGGUGGUUGAGGCAGUACAUGUAUGAAGUAGCUUGAAUUUUACAGAAUCAUAAAAUAUGGAGCAUCAAAGUUACCGGCGGUGAGGAGCGAGGGGCAAAAUUUAUGCUAAACAAAGACCAUUCUAAAUUUGCAAUUUAAAAAUAAUAACAAAAAAAAACUUUCUGACACCUCCUGUCUGCAUUGGAGUAGUUUUAUUAAAUUGCUGUAAUGUCUUGUAAUAAUUUUAUCGUCUCAUCCCAAUGACGGGCUUAAAAUAUUUCUUCUUUAUAUAAAAACUGAACUUUUAAUUUGUAAUAAAUAUUUAGUUAUUUAUAAUUAGUAAAACUACAAAUUUGUUGUU